AUCGGGAUAAUGGAAUGUACUAUUUGAAUUCUUGUUGAAUACUGACAUUUUCUGUACUGCUUUUAAUCCUGUUUUUGUGCAUUGAAAAAUGUUUUUAUAUAUUAUUGUUUUAUAUGUACUUUUGAAAGGUGUCUCAGGAUCAAAUGAAGUAAAAUUCGAGACAAGCGAAUCUCUAGUUCCGCCCAAAUGUAUGCUGGAACCUGAAAUUCUACUGAACUUGCCUUUUAACAGCAGGGCACUUGAAGAUUAUUGCGAACAUUUCUUGAAUUAUUACAAAUGCGUCGACAAGUACCGGGAGGAAUUUGCAGAGGACAAAGUGGAGUAUUUAACGCUUUCACUGAUAAAGGCAGAACCAUUUAUGAGAAAGAAACUCUGCAAACAAACGUCAAUAAAUCAGCGUUAUAUAAUGCAUGCACCUUGCCUUGAAGCCGUUUCCCACCAAUUCUAUGACUAUUUCGAUUUUGCUGAUUCUCUUAUUAAGAAAUAUAACGCACAGGAACCACUACCAAAUAAAUUCAUGGCAGUUUCCUACUAUUGUCUGUCUGCCUCAGUCAGUUUAACUUGCUUAGGGAUAUCCGUUUCGAAAUCUUGCGGACCAGAUGCAAAGAAGUUAUACAUCCAGGUAUUCGAAGGAACGAAAUUUUAUUCCAACGUGUGUCCUGAGUUUGAAUUUGAAUAUGCUGAAAGAAGAGCGCAGUUGAUUUGGCUAGCAACAGGAAAGGAUAUCUGUGAUAUAUUUCACGGUUAAACAAAGGAGUGUUAUUUUACCACCGAUAGCGCCUUCACUGAACUGAGAAGCGACUAAUAUUUAUCUCUAACAGAAGAAAAACAGUUGUGUUAUGGGCAUCGAUUUGUUUGAUCUUACUAAAUUGGAAUAGCAUACUAAAUUAAAAAAUAUUUUGGACGAAAUCGUUAGUUAUUCGUAAGUUUUAAGUUCAAAUGAUGAUGAAGAGUGUAAAAGAAUGCAGUUGAUUUGGAUGGCAACUGGAAAGGACAUUUGUGAUAUAUUUCACGGUUAAAGAUGGUGACAAAGGAAUGUUCUUUUUCCACCGAUAUCACCUUCACUGAAUUGGAAUAGCAUCAUAAUUUAAAAUUGUUUUGGACGAAAUUGUUAUUUAUCCAUGGAUUGCAAGUACAAAUG